AUGGAAAUUCCUAGCCACAGUAAUGUCAGCAGGUUUUUCUUCAUACUGAUGGAUCUCCCAGGACUAGAGAAUGCUCAUUGCUGGACAGCUAUUCCUAUCUGUUCCAUCUAUGUUCUCUCUGUGCUGGGCAAUGUCACCAUCAUGCACAUGGUCAAAUCCGCACCCAGUCUCCACACACCCAUGUACCUCUUCCUCUCGAUGCUCUCCAUGGCUGACCUCGGUCUCUCGGCUUCCACGCUGCCUUCUAUGGCAGCUGUCUUCAUCCUGGGCCAGAGGAAGGUGGAAGCUGCAACUUGUUUUGUACAACUCUUCUUCAUUCACACAUUCUCAGUCAUCGAGUCAGCUGUGCUGUUGGCUAUGGCUUUUGACCGUUGCGUGGCUAUCCGCGAGCCUUUGCGCUAUGCCACUAUCCUCACAACCAAGCGUAUUGGGGUCAUUGGGUUGGCCAUUGUAUCCCGUAGUGCUGUCCUCCAUUUGCCCCUGCCUGUGCUCCUUGGACGACUGCAAUUCCAUUCUGUGAGUGCUCUGGCUCAUUCCUACUGUGUUCAUCCUGAUGUUCUAAGGCUGGCCAGCUCCAGCACUCGUGUGAACAGUGGCUUUGGACUCUUUGUAAUGCUCUCCACUCUGGGACUAGAUGCUUUGCUCAUUCUCCUGUCUUAUGUACUAAUCUUGAAGACAGUUCUGAGCAUUGCUUCCAAUUCUGAGCGACUUAAGGCCUUCAACACCUGCAUUUGCCAUGUCUGUGCUGUGCUACUAUUUUACACCCCAUUAGUCAGCCUGUCCAUGAUUCAUCGUUUUGGGAAGAAGAAGCUACCAGCACAGGUGUAUAUGCUUCUCUCUUAUCUGCACUUUCUUGUGCCUCCAAUGCUCAACCCAAUUGUCUACAGUGUCAAAACCAAAGAGAUUCGAGUACGCAUUCUGAAGAUGCUCCAGCACCAAAAAUUCUAA